ACUCGCUGCCGCUGACCCGCGCUCUGUGUUCUCUUGUGGCCCCGCUGCCCCGCAUCUCCGCCGAUCGCAAUGGAAGAAGAAAUCGCCGCGCUUGUCAUUGACAAUGGUUCCGGCAUGUGCAAAGCUGGCUUUGCCGGGGAUGACGCCCCCUGAACCGUGUUCCCCUCCAUCGUCGGGCGUCCCCGACACCAGGGCGUUAUGGUGGGCAUGGGUCAGAAGGACUCUUACGUGGGCGACGAGGCCCAGAGCAAGCGAGGCAUCCUGACCCUGAAGUAUCCCAUCAAGCAUGGCAUCGUCACCAACUGGGACGAUAUGGAGAAUAUCUGGCACCACACGUUCUACAACGAACUGUGUGUGGCUCCCGAGGAGUACCCAGUGUUGUUGACCAAGGCCCCCCUGAACCCUAAGACCAACAGAGAGAAGAUGACUCAGAUCAUGUUUGAGACCUUCAACACCCCGGCCAUGUAUGUGGCCAUCCAGGCCGUGCUCUCCCUGUAUACGUCUGGUCGUACCACUGGUAUUGUCAUGGACUCUGGAGACGGGGUCGCCCACACGGUGCCCAUCUACAAGGGCUACACCAUUCCCCAUGCCAUCCUGCGUCUGGACCUGGCUGGCCGGGACCUGACAGACUACCUCAUGAAGAUCCUCACAGAGCGUGGCUACAGCUUCACCACCACAGCUGAGCGGGAGAUUGUGCGUGACAUCAAGGAGAAGCUGUGCUACGUUGCCCUGGACUUCGAGCAGGAGAUGGCCACCGCCGCAUCCUCUUCCUCCCUGGAGAAGAGCUACGAGCUGCCUGAUGGCCAGGUGAUCACCAUUGGCAAUGAGCGGUUCCGGUGUCCAGAGGCGCUGUUUCAACCCUCCUUCCUGGGCAUGGAAUCCUGUGGCAUCCACGAGACCACCUUCAACUCCAUCAUGAAGUGUGACGUAGACAUCCGCAAGGACCUGUACGCUAACACAGUGCUGUCUGGUGACACCACCAUGUACCCGGGUAUUGCUGACAGGAUGCAGAAAGAGAUCACUGUCCUGGCUCCCAGCACCAUGAAGAUCAAGAUCAUUGCUCCCCCUGAGCGCAAGUACUCCGUGUGGAUCGCUGGCUCCAUCCUGGCCUCUCUGUCCACCUUCCAGCAGAUGUGGAUUGCAAGCAGGAGGACGAUGAGUCGGGCCCCUCCAUCGUCCACCACAAAUGCUUCUAAACGGACUGUGAGCAGAUACGUAGCAUUUGAUGCAUGAGUUAAUUCAUAAGUAUAAAUUUGCCCUGGAAAAUGUAUACACCUCAUGCUAGCCUCACGAAACUGGAAUAAGCCUUUGAAAAGAAAUUUGUCCUUGAAGCUUGUAUGAUAUCAGCACUAGAUCGUAGAACUUGUUGCUGAUUUUUGACCUUGUAUUCAAGUUAACUGUUCCCUUGGUAUUUGUUUAAUACCCUGUACAUAUCUUUGGUUUAAACCCUUAGUACACAUGUGGCUCAGUCACUUCAUGGCUGAGGUGAGACCAUGCUUAUGGAAGAGAAGUCUGUGAUCUGUGAAUCUGCCUGACCAAGAGUCUUGAUCUGUGCAGGGUAUUAAUGUGUCAGAGCUGAGUAUUCCAGGAUUUCUCUAGAGAUUGGCAAGAGCCGAACAAGUUGUCAUUUCUGUCUUGCCAGUUGGUCUAACAGGGUUGGAAAGGUCCCAGCCUUAGGACCCAGUUUCCUAACUGUUUUCCUGCCAGAACACCAUGGGUUGUUACUUGCCUUGAGUUGGAAGCGGUUUGCAUUUACACCUGUAAAUUUAUUCAUCCUUUUAAUUUAUGUAAGGUUUUUGUACGCAAUUCUUAAUUCUUUAAGAGAUGACAGCAGAUUUUGGUUUUCUACUGUUAUGUGAGAACAUUAGGCCCCAGCAACACGUCAUUGUGUAAGGAAAAAUAAAGUGCUGCAGUAAA